UCAGUGCAAUCCUAUCGCUGGAGCUUCCCGCGUCUCUAUGCAGCCAGCAAGUGCAGUUUUGCAUUUUCAAGUGUGACCGGUUUCUAGCCGUUCUGUGUGCUCCAAGGAAUAGUUGAAGAGGCUUCUUCAGUGCCUAGAAAGUCGUUAGUAUCAAAUUGUAAGCGCAACUGUGCAGUUGUUCGGAGAACUUGGCGUCAAUUGAUCUCAAUUGAAGUGACUUUGUGUUCGGUUGUAAUAAAGCCUGGUGGUUUGUUGCCUGACUUGUAACUAGAAAACAAUGCCUGUGGGAAUCAAAAACGUACUCGUGUGCGAUGCAGUCGAUAAUGCGUGCGUCAAAUUGUUGCAAGAUCAUGGAAUAAAUGUGGAUUACAAACUAAAAUUGUCGAAAGAUCAGCUUGUUGCUGAAGUGAAGGGCUAUGAUGCGCUCAUCGUACGUUCCGAUACAAAAAUUACCGCCGAAAUACUGGACGCCGGUUGUGGAAAGCUCAAAGCUGUCGGACGGGCAGGAGCUGGCGUUGACAAUAUCGACAUCGUCGCUGCCACCAGAAAUAAUGUCAUCGUCCUGAAUGCUCCCGGUGGAAACUCCAUCUCAGCAUGUGAGCUCACAUGUUUCUUGAUUGGAGCUUUGGCGCGACCGUUUUGCCCAGCAGCCAGCAGCAUGAAGGAGGGGCGCUGGGACCGUAAGCUGUACUCGGGUAGUGAGCUUUAUGGCAAGACACUAGCAGUCCUCGGCUUGGGACGGAUCGGUCGGGAGGUUGGCAUUCGCAUGAAUGCGUUCGGCAUGCGUGUUAUCGGUUUUGAUCCGAUUACAACGCCGGAGGAAGCCAAAGCGGCAGGUAUCGAGAAGAUGGAGCUGGAUUAUAUUUGGCCUCUGGCUGAUUACAUUACCGUUCAUACUCCAUUGAUUCCGGCAACUAGGAAUCUCAUAUCGGCUGUCACGUUGGCAAAGUGUAAAAAAGGAGUUCGUGUAGUAAAUGUAGCCCGUGGUGGCAUCGUCGAUGAGGCCGCUCUUUUUGACGCUCUCGAAAGUGGCCAUUGCGGUGGGGCAGCUAUCGAUGUCUAUCCUGAGGAACCACCGAAAUCGGAAACCAGCAAAAAACUCAUCAAUCAUUCGAAGGUUGUUGCAACGCCCCAUCUAGGAGCAAGUACGUCAGAGGCUCAGGUGCGAGUUGCCGUGGAAGUGGCAGAGCAGUUUAUCGCAUUGACAGGAAAAUCGACUGAAUACACCCAGUAUGGGGGUGUUGUUAAUCGGGAGGUUUUGAAGAAUGUGCUUUGAAUUGAAUUAGGAUCGGAUAUUCUUAGCUUCGUUAAUUAUUCAUCAGCUGAUGCUUACUUUUCAGUUUCGAGAUUAUUCAAUUAUAGUAGCCGAUAUGUCUAGGCUAGUAUUAUGGAAUGAGGAUAAUUCAUUCAAGUUUUAAACAUUGUUUCAUUAAUUAAAUAAAUGUAUGUUCAA